CCCCCCUCGCCUUCCCGCCCGCCCCUAUUGUUCCGCCCCCGGCCUCCCGCCCUUCCCCUUCCCGCCCGCUCCCCUUUUCCCCUCAGUCGCCUCGCGCCUGCAGUUCUUGGCUUUCACCUUCCCUCCCCCCCACCAGUGACCAAAGACUUUACCAUUCAAAGUCCAGCUCCCCAGAAUACUGCUCGACAUGGACACCGGUGUGAUUGAAGGUGGAUUAAACGUCACUCUCACCAUCCGGCUACUUAUGCAUGGAAAGGAAGUUGGCAGUAUCAUCGGAAAGAAAGGAGAAUCAGUUAAGAAGAUGCGAGAGGAGAGUGGUGCACGUAUCAACAUCUCAGAAGGGAAUUGUCCUGAGAGAAUUAUCACUUUGGCUGGACCCACUAAUGCCAUCUUCAAAGCCUUUGCUAUGAUCAUUGACAAACUGGAAGAGGACAUCAGCAGCUCUAUGACCAAUAGCACAGCUGCCAGUAGACCCCCAGUCACCCUGCGGCUGGUGGUCCCUGCUAGUCAAUGUGGCUCUCUCAUUGGGAAAGGCGGUUGCAAGAUCAAGGAAAUAAGAGAGAGUACAGGGGCUCAAGUCCAGGUGGCAGGGGAUAUGCUCCCCAACUCAACUGAGCGGGCCAUCACUAUUGCUGGCAUUCCGCAAUCCAUCAUUGAGUGUGUGAAACAAAUCUGCGUGGUCAUGUUGGAGACUCUCUCCCAGUCCCCUCCGAAGGGCGUGACCAUCCCGUACCGGCCCAAGCCGUCCAGUUCACCGGUCAUCUUUGCAGGUGGUCAGGACAGGUACAGCACAGGCAGCGACAGUGCGAGCUUUCCCCACACCACCCCGUCCAUGUGCCUCAACCCUGACCUGGAGGGACCACCUCUAGAGGCCUAUACCAUUCAAGGACAGUAUGCCAUUCCACAGCCAGAUUUGACCAAGCUGCACCAGUUGGCAAUGCAACAGUCUCAUUUUCCCAUGACGCAUGGCAACACCGGAUUCAGUGGCAUUGAAUCCAGCUCUCCAGAGGUGAAAGGCUAUUGGGCAGGUUUGGAUGCAUCUGCUCAGACUACUUCUCAUGAACUCACCAUUCCAAAUGAUUUGAUUGGCUGCAUAAUCGGGCGUCAAGGCGCCAAAAUCAAUGAGAUCCGUCAGAUGUCUGGGGCGCAGAUCAAAAUUGCGAACCCAGUGGAAGGAUCUACUGAUAGGCAGGUUACCAUCACUGGAUCUGCUGCCAGCAUCAGCCUGGCUCAAUAUCUAAUCAAUGUCAGUUUAGAAAACGCUAAACCCUCCUCCCAGGCAGCCUCCGUCACGAUCCCUGAUCACCUCAGCAUCAACCUCUCUCAACCCUCCACCCCUUCUUCUUCUUCCUCCUCCACCACCACCCCCUCGCUCGCCACAGCGGGGACCUCCGACGCACCCUCCAGCCUCCCCAACCCUCUUCCGACCGCCCCUUGUGUCUCCAGUCUGCUUGGCAUGAAACCCAUCCCUCUCCUGGCUCUAAAUGUUGUGUCUGCUGCUAAGGGUACCGGGGCUUCAGCUGCCACCACCACCACCUCUGCCGUGCCAUGUGUAACUAACAAACUGAAAGGCGAGAAACAGAGAUUCUCCCCCUACUGAUUGCGUAUCUUGAGGCACCCCCUCAAGUAAUUCUUGGUUCAUUUUGUUUUCCUUUGUUAACAUUGGUGAGAAACAAUUGUGAGCUUGUGACAUUUCCUUUUUACUAUUUGGGGGAUAACUGGGUGGGGGUGGGGGCAAUGGUAACGGUGUUUAGGUUUAGGCCAUUUCAGCUGAGUGCCUGUUUCUGAGUCUGAUUUGUUGAAUAUUUUAUCUAGAGCCACAGUUCUUGCUCUUUCUCAUUCUGUUACUUUUUUGUAGCUUUAUUCUGCCUUGCAAUAUAACAAUGUGUUAGGCUCUGUGUUAAUGAAUAAAAGCUUCUCCA